AUGGCGUCUGUUAAUUCAAUAUCGUCCGAGAAGGAUGAGGAACAUGACAUCAUGCACGACGAUACCAUCGAGGAUGAAGAGCCAGAAGAGCCCAGUUCCGAGCUGGAUCCAUCUCAGAGAGAAUACCUCGAGUACCAUCAGCGACUAGAUGACUUUCUUGCCCCCUUGUGUUUGGACGAGGCCGUCCUCUACAGGCUGGCGCGCCGCUUCUCCGAUACAUACCGCCAUUUGGCCCUGACCUCAGACCAGCAAUUCUUGCCGACCCCGGUGACUCAAUUACCCACCGGCCAGGAAGCCGGUCGCUAUUUGGCGAUCGAUGUAGGAGGUAGCAACCUCCGAGUCGCUUUUAUCGAGCUACUAGGUGAGGUGGAGUCCGAGAGUCACCCCGCAGAUGCCUCCGAGAGGUCGCGGAAUACCCUCCGCAAAGCUCAGCGACAGCGACGAGCAUGGCCCAUUCAAGAACAUUUAAAGAUGGACAAGGCUGAUGAUUUAUUUGACUGGAUCGGGGAUUGUAUUGCGGAGGUGGUCGCGGAGAGUCUUACCUCGGAUGACACCAAGAAGGAUAUCCCAGCCGAACUCGACAUGGGAAUUACCUUCAGUUUCCCCAUAAUGCAAGAAUCCCUGGCUGAGGCUACAUUGAUGCCCAUGGGUAAAGGAUUUGCUAUUACAUCUAACCUCAACCUACGCAAUAUUCUAUUAAACGGAUACGAAAAGCACACGAGGAGGCCAGACGAGGAUGAGCCGUCUUCUAAACGUCGCAAGCUCUUUGCUCUGCCCAAGCUGAAGAUCCAAGCCAUCACAAACGACACGGUUGCGACGCUGGCCUCACUCGCAUAUGCUGUCAAAUCCCUGCCUAACAGCCGGGUCGCCAUGGGUAUCAUCGUGGGAACGGGAUGUAACGCAACCAUCCCAAUGAAACUCAGUUCGCUGCACGAAUCCAAAGCAAAGAAUGUCAACGCCAUGAACGCAGAGGCCGUCGAAACGAUCGUCAAUACGGAAUGGACAAUUUCAGGCGCAGCGCCACCACUCCGGGAGCUGAACAUCACGACCAAAUGGGAUGUCGAGCUGGACCGGGCCUGUGCGCGCCCGGGAUUUCAGCCAUUCGAGUAUAUGACUGGUGGACGGUACAUCGGUGAAUUGAUUCGUUUGAUCCUGUUCGACUACCUCACCGAAAUAGCAGGCCUCUCCAAACGGAUCCUCCCAGCAAAUCUCAUCCAAGAAUACGCCUUGACUACUACCUAUAUCUCUGACCAUGUCGCCCGCGCCCGAUCGGACGUCGAUCUCGCAAAGGAACUCAAUAGCUCUCUCCCCCCACCGGAGAGUAGCGACUGGCGCUGGGAUGCCCGCACUGCAGGAGCCUUCCGUCGAAUUGCUCGGACUGUUCAACGACGAUCGGCUGGCCUGAUCGCUGCCGCGGUGAUCGGCCUACUUGCAUGCUGUCGCGAGAUCGAGCUGAAAGAGGAUAGCAAUAUCAAUACCCCCGAGAAUGCCGCGUCACCACAAAGUAACGGCGAUGCCGCAGCACCUGACAGUACCGCAGAUCCAGCUUCCAGUACGCCAAACCCUGUCAACAAUAGCUUCCACGGUCACGUCGUCCCAGUCCUACAACCAAUUCCAGCCGAUUGGCAGUCUGGUCCGGAGGAGUUGGUGGUGGCAUACACAGGCGGCAUCAUCCAGCACUACCCUCAGUUCAAAGAAAUGUGCCAACAGCAUAUUGAUCGACUGAUCAUGCGAACCGGUCCGCAGCGGGGCGGAAAGUCAGUUUUCUUGCGUGAGGCUUCCGAUGGAGGAGUCAUUGGAGCGGGCGUCUUGGCUGGCAUGGUUUCUAGCAAUUGA